GCUCUAAAGAAGCUCAAAUGUUAUCAACCAACCAAUUGUCACAUGAAGCAUGUUUAAAUUUAGCCUAUCAGUUAGUGGUUGAUUAUCUUCCACCAGAUUUAUGGAACAAACUCCGAGAAAAGAUUGGAUUAAAAACUAACACUGUUGAAGUCAAUUUAUCAGAGAACGGUUCUGCUGUAAUCAUCUCUGAAAAUAUAGACCCCCUUCUUGAUAACCGAUCCUUGGAGAAGUCGUUUGAUUUGGAAAAUUGUCAACCUAAUAAAGAUGAUUCUUGUUUGGCUUUAAAAUUAAAUGAAUCAAAAAUCAAUGAGCCAACAACUAAAAAGGCAAAAAUUCCUAAAGGUUUACAAUCGAUUACAAAUUUCUUCGGGAAAAAAUAAAUGAGUAUUUGUCAUCGAUAUUUAUUCGUUUGAAUGUGUCAAUCUAAUCAGCUGUUGUAUUUUGUUAAAAUUAAUUUUAUUAAUGUCUAUGUGUAUUUUUAUUAUGUAGAUGUUGUAUAUAAUUUUGUUUGCUGAAUGUGAUCUCAUUUUGAUAAAGAUUCAGAAAAAAAUUAUUUUUUUUAUUGAAAAA